UUUCUUUUUAUAUUUCCUGCCUAAUCAAUCUAGCGGCUCCCACAGAAAAUUACUCUCCUCCAUACCAAUCUUUCUUUAUUUUUUGCAUCUCUAUCUGUCACACACCAAUUCUUAUUUUAUGUAUAUAUAUUGACGCAUACAUCUCCAAAUUAAUCAAUAGCUUAUCUAGUUCUUGACUGUUCAACGAUCAAUGGCACCAUCCGCUGCAAUGCUCAUACUCUCACAUCCUCUAGUUAGCCACAAAGCUAAGAAUCAGUCUCUGUCAUCGCCGUCGUCUGUUAAGUCGACACGUGUCUUCGGUUUUCUUUGGCCUUGGAAGGCAUUAGACAAUGAGGAUCAUUCCGCGGUUGUUCUCGGCCGGCUCUUUGGCGAUCCGGCUACUAUCGAGAAGCGCUUCCAAGAAGCUCUUGAACAAAGCUGUUGGUAAUUUGUACAAUGUUUGGUUGGGUUUAUUGAUUGUUUUUACGUUAAAAUAGCUUUUAUAAAUUGGAAAUGGAAGUACUGUAAAAUGUAAAAAUUGACUAUAUAUAAUUAAAGGUACAUUAUGUGAAAUCAAAAGACAAAUAUCCGGAUCAUGAUUUUUUAUUUUUUUAAUGUAAUGUUAAAUUAGAUUCAAAAGAAAAUUAACGUUUUUACAGCAAGUGCAACGUAAGUUAUAUCAGAGGUAAAAUGAAAGCUGAGAUUAACAUUGUAAUGAAAACUUAGAGGAUUAAAAGCCGACUUUGGAGCCAGCAUUGGGAGCCAGCAUUGGAAGCUAGCAUCAUAGCGCCGGUCCUUUUGUCUUAGGAUUGUAGUGAUCCUGUUUCUUAUUAUCAUGAUUCAUGUAUCUGCAUAAUGAUUAAAUGUAGCUUUAGGAAUGGUUAAGACUCCUUUCAUUAGCUACUUUAUUAAGGCAACCAAGCAACAAAAACACCAAUAGAUGAGGAAAAUAGAGAGCAUGUGAAGGCAACAUCCAAACCCAAUAUAUAGAGUUGAAAAACAGAUUCACUAUUAAGUAAUCAAAGACUAGAAUGGAAAACAAACAUCAAAAUCUAAAAGAAUAUAAUAGAUAAUAAUUAGUGAGCUCAUGUUGAUUAUAGGGAAAUAAGCGUUUG